AUGCCAUUGAAGUUUAAGAAGCUUCUCAGUGUACCCAAUAAAAUCCAACAGGUCGCCUUACUUGGGAACUGUAACAAGUCAGCAUCUUUCCUUAAGUUCGUUAAUAGUAUAUCGGAAAACCUAGUUCUAGUUAGGGGUGAAUUCGACACACCCACUAUUCCUACUAGUAAGAAUCCAGCUGAAGAGAUACCGUUGAACACAGUAAUAGUACAGGGGUCAUUCCGAAUUGGAUUAUGCAAUGGCUACACGUUGGUACCCAAGAACGAUCCGCUGUCGCUAUUGACAUUAGCAAGACAAUUGGACGUCGAUAUUCUCCUGUGGGGAGGGACACACAACGUAGAAGCAUAUACUCUAGAAGGGAAAUUCUUUAUUAAUCCUGGUUCAUGCACAGGUGCAUUCAGUACCGAUUGGGUUCAAGAAGGAAUAGAAGAAAACUACAAGGCCGGCGACAAUAAUGAGGAACACACUGCCACUGAACCCAAAACAGAGACACAGGAAGACAAUGAUCAAGAAGCCAAAGAGAGCGUAAAUGGCGAAGCUGUAGCGAAAGGUUCAGCUGAAGAUGAAGAAAAAGACCAGCCGACAAAACAAUCAGAACAGCCCGCCGCAGGUGAUCAAGAACCUCCUAAAACUUCCAAUGGAGAAGGGCAUGCAGAGGAAGAUGACUCCAGCGACGAAGAAUUCGAUGACAUUGACAUUAACGGUGGAGGUAUCCCAAGUUUCUGCCUACUGGACAUACAGGACAUCACCUGCAUACUAUACAUUUACACGUACGUUGACAACGAGGUGAAGGUCGACAAGGUCGUGUACAAGAAAGACUGA